AUGAUUAUAUUCUUAUUAGGAAUAGUGAAUGUCUUUGGAAACAAUAUUAAAAAUCUAAGUGACUAUGCAAUAAUCUUAAAUCAAAGUAUUGAAUGGUUUAUAAUAUUAGCAUAGGAAAUAAAGCAUUAUAAUUUAGAAAUUAAUGAGGAAGCAGUGUUAUUUCAAUAUCCAUAGGGAUCUAUAUUAAAAAGUUCAAUAAGUACAGAUAAUAAAACAAGUUUAUGUGGAGUGAGUCAUGAUUAUAUAUCAAUAACAACAAAUAUAUCAAAGUAGAUAAUAAAAUAAGAUUCGGAGAUGUACACUACUCUUUCAGAUUAGAUUGUUGCUGCAAUCAAUAAAAGAACAACUAUGGGAUUUAUUACAGAGUAAAAUAAUUAUAUAGAAUAUGAUUUAAUAUCUUUAGACAUUAAAAAUACAAUAGCAUUAAACUAAUAUAUGUCUUAGACAUAAAUUUAUUAAUCAGGAAUCUAUAGUAUUGAAACUAAUUUAACUAUUUUAUUCUAUACAAAAAAUGUUCUAAUUUUAGAUGAUGCAAAUAUUAUUGUAUCAUCAAACAUUACUUAUAUGGAAAUUAAUGAAGUUUUAAGUAGUUUAGGAUUAUUAUAUUUGGCAACUAAUAAAGGUUUGGUAAUUUAUGAAAUUAAUGUAAUCAACAAGACAAUAAUUUAUAAACAGACUAUUGAAGAUAAAUAACAUAUUAUUGAUAUUGCAUUGGGUGGAGAAAAUGGAGAAAUAUUAUAUUUAUUAAAAAAUGAUGGAAUUCAUAUUUAUCAAAUUACAAAAGAUUAUGGUUUUAAUAAACAUUCUAAAUUAUCUAUGAUUCCUAUUGACUAUGGAAUUGCAUUUGAUUAGGAUAAUGAUUAAAGUUUAAGCAUAUUAAUUCGUCCAUAGAAACAUGUUAUUUUUGUUGAUAUUGAAAUAAAUCUUGAUAAAGGAAUUUGGAUUCUAGAGAGUUAACAUAAACUUAAAAUUAAUGCAGAAGAAGUUUACAUUAAUGAUAAAUAUGCAAUUUUAAAAGGAGUAGAUACUCAUAAUAUAAUCAGACAUUCUUUACCUAAUAUAUUCACUGUAAUAAUAUAAUCAUUAAAUUUAGAGAAUAUUUAACAAUUAUCCAUUUAUGUUAUCAAAUGCAGUCUUAUUAGGUUUUCAUGAAUUGAACAUUGAAAAUCAAGAAGAUACAGUUCAUAAUUGGUAUAAGAAUUCAACUAAAAAUAUCUUAUAUGGAGUUGAUCCUUAUUAAAUUGUCUUAUAUCAAUGGUAAAAUUUUGAAGGUUAAAUUAUUUGUUAAACAGAUGAUGAAACAUUAAUUGGUUAGGUAAUUGUUUUAUUUAUUAUUAAAAGACUUUUGUUUAUGAUGUUUAAGCUACUUUAAGUGAAUGUGAUUAAAAAACUUAAUAUAAGGAUGAUGUUGUAAGUAAAGAUUUAAUUGUUUGUCAAUUUCAAACAAAAUUAUACAUAAAAGUGCUUGAAGAUAUUCUGUCAUAUUAAUAAAAUAUUUUGGUUAUAAUUUGUGUAGCUUUAGGAGGAGCUCUCAUUUUAAGUAUACUUGUAUUUGCAUGCUAUAGAAAAAAAACAUAAUCUUAAUUGAAUAAAUUUUAAGAAUAAAUUAAAAAUUAUGAGAAAUUUUAAGGAGAAAUCAAUAGUGAAACACAUGGAAUAAGAUAAGCUACCCCUCAUCCUAAUAAUAAUUUUAAAAUUGAUGAAGAUGAUUAAUGA